AUGUGGACAACUUGGGCGGCGUCGGACUCUGUCGCAUGGUGUGAGGUUCUUAUUCCUGGAUGGGGUUUUCGAGCUUUCUGGUUUUUGGCGGCUGUUUGUGUGCAGUUGGGUGGUCUCAUGCCCCUCGUUGUGGUCACGUGGUCAGUCCGGAAGACGAGUGGGGAGGAUGGGUUGUUUGGUUUGCAAACUGCUCAGAUUCGCGGUGGUGUCAGCAAUCUGAUGUCAGGGAAGUGUGGGGGGCGGGCAGGAAUACGAAAGUUUUACAAGAAAAGCAACGAACCUCUUGAAUAUCUUCCAGGAGUGUCUAUUGUUAAGCCACUUAUGGGUGUAGAUCCGCUUUUAUCUGAGAAUAUUACCAGCCACUUGGAACUUCGGUAUCCAAACUUCGAAAUCAUUUUCUGUGUAGAAGAUCCCAAUGACCCCGCUGUUGAACUUGUCGAAUCGCUAUUUCGAAAGUAUCCGAAUGUUGAUGCUCGUCUCAUCAUAGGCGGUAACGGGAAUAUGGUUAAUCCAAUGGUGAAUAACUUCCUCCCUGCGUAUGAAUCAGCGAAAUAUGAUCUUGUAUGGCUAAGCACAAGUCGAAUAAAGGCGAACACUGACAUCAUGGUUGACAUGGUUCGCAAGUCUGAGGAUCCUCGCGUAGCCCUUGUUCACCAACUACCCUAUUACUCUGACCAACGCGGCUUCAUGAACGCCAUCGAGAAGGUAUGCUUUGGCUGCGCCUUGGGACGUAGUGCAAUAGCGCUCAACCACAUGGGUAUGCUCUGCUUCACUGGAAUGUCCUACAUCGUUCGGAAGUCAAUCCUCGAUCGGUACGGUGGUUUCGCGCGCUUUGGAAAGUUCCUCGCGGAGGACUAUUUUUGUUCCAAGGAGCUGUUCGAAAAUGGCUACAAGAUAGUGCUCUCUGCCUACCCCGCACAACAAAAUGUGGCCAACGCAAGCAUCAGUAUCUACAUCACGAGGAUGGUGCGGUGGCUACGACUGCGCCUCAACAUGCUCACUAUUGUGGCCGCCUUCUUCGAACCCAUGAUCGAGUGCGUCAACCUAGGCUUCCUCACUGCUCUCUCCCUAAGGUACUUCUUUGGCAUCCCCAUGAUCACCACUAUGGCAGUACAUAUCUCCCUCUGGAUGCUGCUUGAUUACUUCCUUCUUCGAUUCGUCCAGGGUGGUCCACUCCCCUUCUCCUUUUUGGCCUUCAUAUUUGCUUGGUGGACACGGGAACUGCUUACAUAUGUGAUCUACGUAAAAGCAGUGUUGCACCCGCGCACUGUGAAGUGGGGUAUCAACACGUACCAUCUCUCAUUGGGUGGACAUACAGAACUUCUGCACACCCCAACCGGCAGCGGAGGGAGCACCAAGCGCACAAAAUCAGUCGACCUCUCUCCAAUCACUUUUCAUGAAGCUGCCCCAUCCGAGAUCGUCCCACCCAAGGCGGUUGCCACUAGCACCACGCCGCAGGAACACAUCUGGCGCCAUUUCACUCGUAAUGGCUACAUACGUAGUUCCGCAGAUCGUCAGCACCUCACCCUCGUUUCAGACGCUUGA